AUGUCCAAGACCACCAUUGCUAUCAUAGCAGCGACGUCUGCAUUUGCAGGUGCGUCGCUGACCGCGCUACUGUUUCCUAGCCAUCGAAAAGAUGAGCCCAAAUCGACACCAACAUUGAAGGAGGAACCUUCAACAGUACCUGCACUGUCAAUUCCUCCCGCUCCCAUCCCAGUGCCAGUACCGGUCCCAGUUGCUGCACCAGCUCCACAUCCUUCGGCUGCCGUCCUCCCACCUGUCGAUCCUUCUGGUAUCCUACGAUAUGGAUUUCCUGGUCCUAUCGCUGAUACAUUAGCCACUCCCUCACACCUCUCUUCCUUCAACAGGUUCACUCGAAAUCCCCAUUGGGUAGCAGAACAUUUUACAGCACAGUCUCUGCUGCUGAACAACGGAUCGCGACGAAAUAGUGUUUUCUAUGAGGACUUGUCGAUUCCUUCCAUGUUUCGAGCAAAACUGUCCGAUUACUUUCGAAGUGGGUACGACCGAGGGCAUCAGGUUCCGGCAGCAGACGCAAAAUGGUCGCAAGAGGCAAUGGACUCGACCUUCGUCUUGAGCAAUAUGUGCCCACAAGUUGGAGAAGGGUUCAACCGUGAUUAUUGGGCUCAUUUUGAGGAAUUCUGUCGAGAUCUGGUAAAGAGAUUCCCCAGCGUCAGGGUGGUGACUGGCCCGUUGUACUUGCCGAAGAAAGACGAACGAGAUGGAAAAUGGAGAGUCUCUUACGAAGUGAUUGGUAACCCUCCCAACGUUGCAGUGCCUACUCACUUCUACAAAAUCAUCUUCGCGGAAGAGGCCGCUCAGAGCCCAAGCGGAACUGUGGCUCUCGGUGCAUUCGUGUUGCCCAAUGCUGAGAUACCCAAUUCGAAGAGUCUGAGCGACUUCGAGGUGCCUCUCGAAGCGGUUGAAAGAGCCAGCGGAUUGGUGUUCGCCGACAAACUACCACCUGAGAGGAGAAAACGACUUUGCAGGGAAGUCAGAUGUGAGAUAAUGGUGCGAGAAUUUGACAAGAGUCGUCAACAAGCCAACAACAUCGGUCAGGUCUCGAGGGGCUCUCCGCAAAUGCAGCAACCUGGAGGCAAGUGGUAA